UUGGUGUAGGAGUUCAGGCGCCUCGAGUUGUUUUCGGUUUAAUUUCUGGUGCGGUUAGAAUUUUGUUUAGGUUCAAAUCAGACUCGAAGCAGAAGCGGUGAUCACAAAUAUCAGCAUUGAUAAACAUAUCACUGAGGAUCUUGAUCAUAUUCAUCGCCGCAUCGGAGUCCGUUUAGUCAGCGCAACUUGUGUCGAGAUGAGUGUGGAAGCGUACGGGCCGAGUUCUCAAACGCUCACCUUCCUGGACACCGAAGAAGCGGAGCUACUUGGAGCAGAUACCCAGGGCUCGGAGUACGAGUUUACCGAUUUUACCCUACCUAGCCAGACACAAACUCAAGGCCACACCCAGAGUCAGCUGGACAAUCAGGUGAAUGGUCCUAAUGAAGGGCUUCACAAUGGAGGGGUUGAUGAUGUUGCCAAGGCGAGCCAACUCCUCUCUGAGUUGAACUUUGAGGAGGAUGAAGAGGACACCUAUUACACUAAAGACCUCCCACUGCAUGCCUGCAGUUACUGUGGCAUCCAUGAUCCUGCGUGUGUGGUGUACUGCAAUACAAGCAAGAAGUGGUUCUGCAAUGGACGUGGCAAUACAUCUGGCAGCCACAUCGUAAACCACUUGGUGAGAGCCAAAUGCAAAGAGGUGACUCUGCACAAAGACGGGCCGCUGGGCGAGACGGUGUUGGAGUGCUACAACUGUGGCUGUCGCAACGUCUUCCUCCUGGGCUUCAUACCCGCCAAGGCCGACUCUGUGGUGGUGCUGCUGUGCAGGCAGCCAUGUGCCAGUCAGAGCAGCCUGAAAGACAUAAACUGGGACAGUUCCCAGUGGCAGCCGCUGAUCCAGGACCGCUGCUUCCUGUCCUGGCUGGUGAAGAUCCCCUCGGAGCAGGAGCAGCUCCGGGCCCGUCAGAUUACCGCCCAACAGAUCAACAAGCUAGAGGAGCUCUGGAAGGACAAUCCAACAGCCACUCUGGAGGAUCUGGAGAAGCCCGGUGUAGAUGAGGAGCCUCAGCACGUGCUGCUGCGCUAUGAGGAUGCCUACCAGUACCAGAACAUCUUCGGCCCCCUGGUCAAACUGGAGGCCGAUUACGACAAAAAGCUUAAAGAGUCCCAGACCCAAGAUAAUAUAACGGUCAGGUGGGACCUGGGGCUGAAUAAAAAGCGGAUUGCCUAUUUCUCCUUGCCCAAGACGGAUUCAGGUGACAUGCGGCUGAUGCAGGGAGAUGAGAUUUGUCUGCGCUACAAAGGAGACCUGGCCCCACUUUGGAAGGGCAUCGGCCAUGUCAUCAAAGUCCCAGACACACCCUUUGUGAAAGACUAUGGAGAUGAGAUUGCUAUAGAAUUGCGCAGCAGUGUCGGAGCACCUGUGGAAAUAACCCACAACUACCAGGUGGAUUUCGUGUGGAAGUCCACUUCCUUUGACAGAAUGCAGAGUGCCCUGAAGACCUUUGCUGUGGACGAGACGUCUGUGUCAGGCUACAUCUACCACAAGCUGCUGGGCCACGAGGUAGAGGAUGUCAUCAUCAAGUGUCAGCUGCCCAAACGCUUCACUGCCCAGGGCCUGCCCGAUCUCAACCACUCUCAGGUGUAUGCUGUGAAGACAGUGCUGCAAAGACCCCUCAGUCUUAUCCAAGGCCCCCCUGGCACUGGGAAAACUGUCACCUCUGCCACCAUAGUGUACCAGCUCGCCAGGCAGGGCAACGGACCCGUGCUGGUGUGUGCUCCCAGUAACAUCGCGGUGGACCAGCUGACUGAGAAGAUCCACAUGUCAGGUCUGAAGGUGGUCCGGCUGUGUGCUAAGAGCAGAGAGGCCAUCGACUCCCCCGUCUCAUUCCUGGCGCUGCACAACCAGAUCCGCAACAUGGACAGUAUGCCAGAGCUGCAGAAGCUGCAGCAGCUGAAGGAUGAGACCGGGGAGCUGUCGUCUGCUGACGAGAAGCGUUACCGGGCCCUGAAGCGCACCGCUGAGCGAGAGCUGCUCACGAAUGCGGAUGUGAUCUGCUGUACCUGUGUGGGGGCAGGAGAUCCACGCCUGGCCAAGAUGCAGUUCCGCUCAAUCCUGAUUGAUGAGAGCACCCAGGCCACCGAGCCAGAGUGCAUGGUGCCUGUGGUCCUGGGUGCCAAGCAGCUCAUUCUGGUGGGGGACCACUGCCAGCUGGGUCCAGUAGUGAUGUGUAAGAAGGCAGCCAAAGCAGGCCUGUCCCAGUCUCUGUUUGAGCGUCUGGUGGUGCUGGGCAUCAGGCCCAUUCGUCUGCAGGUGCAGUACCGUAUGCACCCGGCCCUCAGCUCUUUCCCCUCCAACAUCUUCUACGAGGGCUCCCUGCAGAACGGAGUCACCGCUGCUGACCGCAUCAAGAAAGGCUUUGACUUCCAGUGGCCGCAGCCAGACAAGCCCAUGUUCUUCUAUGUAACUCAAGGCCAGGAGGAAAUAGCCAGCUCUGGAACGUCCUACCUGAACAGAACUGAGGCGGCCAACGUGGAGAAGAUCACAACUAGGCUGCUGAAGGCUGGGGCCAAGCCUGACCAGAUAGGCAUCAUCACCCCCUACGAGGGCCAGAGGUCCUACCUGGUGCAGUACAUGCAGUUCAGUGGUUCCCUCCAUACAAAACUCUACCAGGAGGUUGAGAUCGCCAGCGUGGAUGCGUUCCAGGGCAGGGAGAAGGACUUUAUCAUCCUGUCGUGCGUACGAGCCAACGAGCACCAGGGCAUCGGCUUCCUUAAUGACCCGCGCCGUCUCAACGUGGCCCUCACCAGAGCCAAGUAUGGAGUGAUCAUUGUGGGCAACCCAAAGGCCCUGUCCAAGCAGCCUCUGUGGAACCACUUACUCAACUACUACAAGGAGCAGAAGGUUCUGGUGGAGGGACCCCUCAACAACCUGAGAGAGAGCCUGAUGCAGUUCAGCAGGCCCCGCAAGCUGAUCAAUGCCAUCAACCCUGGAGCCCGGUUCAUGAGCACUGCCAUGUAUGAUGCCCGCGAGGCCCUCAUCCCUGGGUCUGCCUACGAUCGCAGCAGCGCAGGGCGUCCAUCCAACAUGUAUUUCCAAACCCACGAUCAGAUCGGCAUGAUUGGGGCUGGGCCAGCCCACCUGGCGGCCAUGAACAUGCCUAUUCCCUUCAACUUGGUGGUGCCACCCAUGCCUCCGCCAGGCUACCUGGCCCAGGCCAACGGCCCUGCUGCAGGUCGUGGUGGGGCGCUGAAGGGCAAAGCGGGGCGUGGCGGGCGCCAGAGGACCCGCGGCAUGGGGAACCACGGUAGCAGCGGGCAGGCCAACGGGCACAACAGCCAGGCCAGCCAGGACGUGUCUUCCCAGCCCUUCUCCCAGGGGCCACUCACCCAGGGCUACAUCACCAUGAGUCAGCCCUCCCAGAUGAGCCAGCCUGGCCUCUCCCAGCCUGAACUUUCCCAGGACAGUUAUUUAGGUGACGAGUUCAAGUCCCAGAUCGACGUGGCUCUGUCGCAGGAUUCGACUUACCAGGGUGAACGUGCAUACCAACAUGGUGGGGUGACUGGACUGUCACAGUACUAGAGUGUUGUUGGAAGAGGAGCUAGGCUUGAGCUGAGCUUAGUUCAUCAGCAUUUUAAUCUGGGUAAUAAUAAAAACAAAAAAUGGAUACCUGUUUUCCUCUGCUACAACUGAAGCACCACCGUGUGAAAUCAACGGGAGAGAGAAACCAACCAAUCGCGAGAGAGAAAGUGAUGGAAAGAACGGACGACUAGGAAGAGGGAACGUGUGGGAGUGAGGGACCACUGCCGGCACAUGGGAACGAAAGCGAGAGGAAGACGGUGGCCAGCGGUCGAGCUGUCGUGAGGAAGACGAAACGAGGAACAACUCCCUCCAUCCACAACCCUUUUCCCACCUCCCCUUCCAACCUCACGCCUCUGUCUGAGAGAAUGACCAGUUAUCCAGAGGACCUUGCUCUUUGAUCAGCUAACAGAGAAAGAGAAGUUCUCAAGCAACUUGGCUGGGGGAGCACUUUCCACUAACUCUCAAAAGCAGAUAACAAGAAAGUAGAGGGGGGAAGGUGUGGAACACUUCAAGCAGGCAACAUAGGACAUCCUCACCUCAAUGUUGAUCGCUUGCCAAACCCGUUUGAUACCCAGACUCAUUUGAUUGGAUUGAUGUGGAGGACGAGUGGCGGUGUUGAUCUCAACUCUCAGACCUGAAAUCUCAUCAAAUGACCGCAAGAGGAACAGUCUCCAAGAGGAACAGUCUCCAAGAGGAACAGUCUCCAAGAGGAACAGUCUCCAAGAGGAACAGUCUCCAAGAGGAACAGUCUCCAAGAGGAACAGUCUCCAAGAGGAACAGUCUCCAAGAGGAACAGUCUCCAAGAGGAACAGUGGCAGUUCACGUCGUCGUUCAACUUUGAGUUGAAAAGUUUUCUCCGCUAAAGUCUGAUAAUAAAGAACUUUGAAUUGAAAUGCCUUUGAUGGCCUUCGGAACCAUUUGGCUUUUUCAACAGGUCUUUUCAGAAACGGGUGGUUAACUAGAAGUCUGGUGGAGUUGAGUGGCAUGGGGAUAUCAGAGGAAAGUUUCUGAAGUGGUGAGCUCUGGAUCCAAGAGAUCUGUAAUCGUGAGACUAUUUGUUUUUGAAGUACCUUUCUUAUUGCAGAGCGCAAAAGGCAAAAAAUAUUUAAUUGAAAAAUGACCAGCAUUGAAUAAUAUUACCUCAAUAUUAUUUGAAGUUGCAGCAAAGCCUUUUUUGAUCUUUUGAAAGGGGGGGUGGGGUGACAUGAGAUGUCGCCCGCUGUGCUGUUCAGCGGAUAAUUUUCUAUGUUUUAAACGUUUUUAUGCUUAGAUUGGCAGCGGCUUUGAAGUAAUGCUUUACUUGGGGGAAUUCCUUGUGGAUGUAAGAUCCGUCUGCAUGAACACUGAGCUAUUAAUGGAAACUGAUUUCCACUAUAGUCUACACACUUUUGUGUCACUAUUGAAGUUGCAAGAGGCAGGUGGCUAGGUGUGAAAUACGCUACAUGGCCGAAAGUAUGUGGACACCCCUUCAAAUUAGUGGAUUCGGGUAUUUCAGAUACACCUGUUGCUGACAGGUGCAUACAGUCGAGCACACAGCCAUGAAAUCUCCA